GAUUGGGAAUGCUGGUGAGGUUUUCUAGAGGAACUCAGCUAUGAACAAGCGAGAAAAAGAUGGAUAAUGCGAUCAUAAGCGCGGCAUUUAAGCAAGUUUCGCGAAUCUGCAGCAUAAACUGAGGAAGAAAGUCACUUCAUACUGUUUUCCAGUUAGUUGAUAUUUCUUGGUUCAUUUGGCAUGACAAACUCAGAGCUAGCAGUUGCGUUAUAAAACCUCCAUGUAGUUUGUCUAAUCUUAACAGAGAUCAGCAAAUGCCAAAAUUUCUCUCGUAAACCAACCUGCAAUUUGUCUGUCCCAUCGAAACAAACUCUGGAUUGUAGAUAUCCUCGCUUAAGUGACAAUGGUGGUGGAGUUAUUCAAGUGUUUCUCCCUUCAGAGCUUAUUCUUGUUUGCAGAAGAACCAAUCUCCUUUGACUAUUGCUUAAUUUCAUCUGCUGUUGUUUUGAUCAUGGUGCUGUAUUACACUACUAGAGUACAGUACUUUGUUUACCUCUUAGAUUUCAACUGCUAUCGUCCACCCGAUAACUUGAGAGGCAUAUUUGACUAUUUCGUUGAAUAUUUUGAGACAUUCAACAUUUUUGACAGGGAAAGCAUCGAUUUCCAAGUGAAAGUGUACGAAAGAGCAGGUGUGGGAAAUGAAUCCUGUGUACCUCGUUCAGUUCACGAGAUUCCAUUUAAUGGUUCUUUGAGCGGUGCUCGGGAAGAGAUUGAAGAAGUUCUCUUUACAGCUGUGAGAGAUCUUCUCUCCAAACACAAAAUAGAUCCUAAAAGCAUUAAUAUUCUGGUAUCAAAUUGUAGCAUUUUCUGUCCCACUCCAUCCAUUACAGCCACGGUGAUAAACAAGUUCGGGUUUCGAAGCGACAUAAAGAGCUUCACCCUAAGUGGAAUGGGCUGCAGCGCGGGGAUCUUGUCAAUAGGUUUGGUGAAAGAUCUCCUUAAAGUUCACAAGAACUCUUUGGCUCUGGUGCUCACUACGGAAGCUAUAACACCCAGUUUUUAUACGGGCAAAAAUAAAUCCAUGCUGGUAACCAACACUUUGUUCCGUAUGGGCGGAGCUGCUAUUCUACUAUCUAACAGGAAGCAAGACAGGUGGAUAGCCAAGUACAGGCUCCAGCACAUUGUCCGAACCCACAUGGGAUCCGAUGAUGAGUGCUACAAUUCUGUCUUCCAACAAACAGAUGAAGACGGCCACAUGGGGGUGUCCCUUUCAAGAGCUCUUUUACACGUUGCAGCCAAAGCUCUAAGGACCAAUAUUUCAGAGUUAGCCCCCCUUGUUUUGCCAUACUCUGAGCAGCUCCGGUACGGAUGGUCAGUAGCUCGCAAAACGAUUUGGUCAGCCGAGCAGAAGGGAACGUUCGUGCCGAAUUUCAAGAAAGCUUUCGAGCAUUUCUGUAUACAUGCUGGUGGUCGGGCUGUAAUUGAUGCGGUGGAGAAAAGUCUCAGGCUGCAAAAGGAAGAUGUCGAAGCUUCGAGGAUGACCCUAUACAGAUUUGGAAACACGUCGUCUUCCUCGCUUUGGUAUGAGCUCUGCUACCUCGAGGCCAAAGGAAGGGUGAAGAAGGGAGACCGGGUUUGGCAAAUUGCAUUCGGAAGCGGCUUUAAGACUAACAGUGCAGUCUGGAAAUGCAUUUCAGAACUUGAUCCUAAGGAAACAAACGCAUGGUCUGACAGAAUUCAUAGUGAGCUGGCGCCCUAAUAACUGAGAGUUCUUGAGUAUCAUGUUUCUUGUUGAUGAAUCAACAACAUAUCCAUGACCUGGCAUCCAUUGCAGCAAC